AUGAAAAAGGAGAAGAGCCACGGCCGGGAUGAGGCGGACUGCAGGGCAGAGCUGAUCCUCAUCAACGGGGACUGCACCGAGCCCGCGAACGACCCGCCCGCCCUUCUUCUGGAGGCGAAUGGGAAGCCCAGCGCUCCAGAUGCCGGGGGCCUGGGGCUGCCGUCCCUGAAGAACAACAAGAGGGUGAGCAAGGACCUCUCCAAGGAGGACCUGUCCUGGCCACUCGCUCUCGCAGGGGCGCAGGAGGUGCGGCCCCGGGGCAGCGCCGGUUGGGAGAGCAGCCUCAGGCAGAAGCCCCCCGUCCGCCUCAUCUUCCAGGCCGGGCAGACCCGGCACGAGAUGAAGAUCAAGGAACCGAACAGCGUGGAGACUCUCAGGGACCUGCCAACUCCCCUGCGGAGCUCCAAGCGGCGCCUGGCCGCGUCCAUCCCCGUGACCAUCGACCUGACGGAGGAGGACUCGCGGGACUCCUCCCGGAGCAGCAGCACGCUCUCCGGCAGCAGCUCCCAGGAGGGCCAGAACGGCUCUGCUGAGCUGGGGGCCGAGGAGCCGGAGAGCAGAGACGCAGGGAUGGCGCUGGAGUACCAGGAUGGGAAGGAGUUUGGAAUUGGGGAGCUCGUCUGGGGGAAGAUCAAAGGUUUCUCCUGGUGGCCUGCGAUCGUCGUCUCCUACAGAGCCACGGCCAAGCGCCAGGCUGUCUCGGGCAUGCGGUGGGUGCAGUGGUUCGGAGACGGAAAGUUCUCGGAGGUUUCUGCAGAUAAGCUGGUGGGACUGAUGGCCUUUAGGCAGCAUUUCAAUUCUUCCACGUUUAAUAAGCUGGUCUCCUACCGACGAGCCAUAUACCAUGCCCUGGAGGUUGCCCGGAGCCGGUCGGGGAAGACGUUUGCAGCCGCUCCUGGGGAGUCCCUGGAGGAGCAGCUGAAGCCCAUGAUCGACUGGGCGCUCACUGGCUUCAAACCCUUGGGCCUCAAGGGGCUGCGACCGCCCAAAGCCUCAGAGAACGGGGCCCUGAGGAACGGGACAGAGGAGGUGCUGUCCCUCGAGCAGUGUCCCCCCACCAAGAGGCUGAAGACCAACCCCUGCAACACCAGCAAGGAGCAGCGAGUGGAAGAGGACCAGACCCGAGAGCAAAUGGUUUCCGAAGUUACGAACAACAGUGGGAGUCUCGAAGACAGCUGUUUGUCCUGCGGGAGGAGAAACCCGGCCACCUUCCACCCGCUGUUCGAGGGGGGCCUCUGCCAGACGUGCAGGGAUAGAUUCCUGGAGCUCUUCUACAUGUACGACGAAGACGGCUACCAGUCCUACUGCACCGUCUGCUGCGAAGGCAAGGAGCUGCUGCUCUGCAGCAACGCCAGCUGCUGCAGGUGCUUCUGUGUGGAGUGUCUGGAGGUGCUGGUGGGACGAGGGACAUCGGCCAAGGCGAAAGAGCAGGAGCCCUGGAACUGCUACAUGUGCCAGCCCCAGAGGAGCUACGGGGUGCUGCAGCGCCGGCAGGACUGGAACACCCGCCUGCAGGACUUCUUCACCAGCGACAAGGGACAGGAAUACGCUGCGCCCAAAGUCUACCCAACGGUGCCACCAGCGAAGAGGAGACCUAUUCGAGUGCUCUCUUUAUUUGAUGGCAUAGCAACGGGGUACCUGGUGCUGAAGGACUUGGGCAUCCAAGUGGAGAAGUACAUCGCCUCGGAGAUCUGUGAAGACCCCAUCGCUGUGGGCACCAUGCGGCAUGAGGGCAACAUCACCUACGUGCACGACGUCAGGAACAUAACCAAGAGAAACAUUGAGGAGUGGGGUCCCUUUGACCUGGUGAUCGGUGGAAGCCCCUGUAACGACCUCUCCCUUGUCAAUCCGGCCAGGAAGGGGCUGUACGGUAAGGCUGCGUUACCUCCGCAGGGCUGGGUGCCCCCGGGGGGUUCCUGCGCCCAGGCUGUCUCCGUGCCAGUCGCGGUGGGGAGGGCAGUCAGGUCCCCUGUGCCCCCGUGCCGCGGCUGGUCCCCCCCCGCCACUCCGGCUUUCUCCCCUGUAGAAGGAACCGGGAGGCUGUUCUUCGAAUUCUACCACCUGCUCAACUACGCCCGUCCCAAGGCGGGAGAGGAGCGCCCCUUCUUCUGGAUGUUCGAGAACAUGGUGGCCAUGAGGGUCAACGACAAGAGAGACAUUUCUCGGUUUCUGGAGUGUAACCCGGUUAUGAUUGAUGCUAUCAAGAUAUCAGCUGCCCACCGAGCACGCUAUUUCUGGGGCAACCUUCCAGGGAUGAACAGGAUCUUCGGCUUCCCCCUCCACUACACGGACGUCUCCAACAUCGGCCGCGGCGCUCGCCAGAAGCUGCUGGGGAGAUCGUGGAGCGUCCCCGUCAUCCAGCACCUCUUUUCCCCGCUCAAGGAUUACUUCGCCUGUGAAUAG